GGGCGCUCGGCCAUGUCUGCGGAGAGCGCGGGGCCGCCGUCCGGGCAGCUGUGCCCCGAGCACGGCCAGGCUCUGAGCUGGUUCUGCUGCUCCGAGCGACGGCCCGUGUGCGCCGCCUGCGCGGGGCCCGGCGGCCGCUGCCGGGGCCACCGCAUUCGCCGGGCGGAGGAACGCGCGGAAGAGCUGCGGAACAGGAUCGUGGACCAGUGUGAGAGGCUGCAGAUUCUGAGUGCCAGCAUCACCAAGUAUGUCGCCGAGGUCCUGCCAGAGAAGAACCAGAGAGCAGUGAGCACAGCCAGCUCGGCACGGGAACUGGUCAUCCAGAGGCUAGGUGUGGUGAGGAGUUUGUGUGAGAGCGAGGAGCAGCGUUUGCUGGAACAGGUGCAUGGUGAAGAGGAGCGGGCCCACCAGAGCAUCCUGACACAGCGAGUCCACUGGACUGAGGCGCUGCAGAAGCUGGACAGCAUCCGGACCAGCCUGGUGGCCAUGCUCACCCAUCUGGAUGACCUCCAGCUGAUUCAGAAGGAGCAGGAGAUUUUUGAGAGGACCGAGGAAGCAGAGGGCAUCUUGGAUCCCCAGGAGUCGGACAAGUUAAACUUCAAUGAGAAGUGCAUUCGGAGCCCACUCCUUACCCAGCUCUGGGUGACAGCGGUUCUUGGGUCCCUCUCAGGCAUGGAGGACGUGCGCAUCGACGAGAGGACCGUCAGCCCCUUCCUGCAACUGUCAGAUGAUCGAAGGACCCUGACCUUCAACGCCAAGAAGUCCAAGGCCUGUGCAGAUGCCCCCGAGCGCUUUGACCACUGGCCCAAUGCCCUCGCGGCCACGUCCUUCCAGGCUGGGCUGCACACCUGGAUGGUGAACGUGAAGAACAGCUGCGCCUAUAAGGUGGGUGUGGCCCUGGGCCAGCUGCCCCGCAAGGGCUCCGGGAGUGACUCUCGUCUGGGCCACAACACCUUCUCCUGGGUCUUCUCCCGCUACGACCAGGAGUUCCGUUUCUCACACGACGGGCAGCACGAGCCCCUGGGGCUGCUGCGCUGCCCCAGCCAGCUGGGCGUGCUUCUAGACUUGCAGGCGCAGGAACUGCUCUUCUACGAGCCGGCCUCGGGCACGGUGCUCCACGCCCACCGCGCGCCCUUCCCGGGGCCCCUCUUCCCAGUCUUCGCGGUGGCCGACCAGACCAUUUCCAUCGUCCGCUGACCCGUGGCCGCCGGGAGCCCCGGUCUAGCCCCCGCCACGCCUCCAGGCCGCGUUCCUACCCAGCGGUCUCUUCCCCAGAUGUUGCCUCUGCCCAGGGGGCCGCUUGCGGAGGGGGAGGGGUCUGUCUUGUUUCAGGUCUGGCUUCAGCGGAGACCUGCUGGCUAUCUGUGGGGAGCCUGCUACCCCCUGGGCCUUGGGCUCCCAAAUCCACCAGGCAUUUGCCCCUCUGAGGGCAUCUUGUUCACUGCGUCGUGUCUGGCAUCCAGCACGGGGUCCGGUGCCUACCGGUUGUGCAAUAAAUAUUUGGCGAGC